AUGUUGCAGAAUCGACGAAGGGUUCAUGAUGUGCAGGCUCGAUGCGAAGCAGCCGCAAAGGAGGCUGAAGCGCGUAACGCAACGCUGCGGAGAAGCUUGAAGCAGGGUGGCUUGGAACGAGGUGGUGCAGCACGCUUGUUCGUCAACGCAUUGCCUGCCCUGGAUGCACAAGCUGUUGAGGUCUGCCUGCCUUGGCCUACCAAGAUAAAAAAAAUUGAACCGCGAACGCGGGGGCCGCCUCAGUGUCGGAGCAGUCAGGGUCCAGUCAGGGUUGAGGUUCAUGGCGGGUACAAGCUGCCCGCCAUGCUUCAUGAAAGGCUUUGGAAGUCGUUGAGCCCACCUGGACAAGAGGUCUUGGCGGCUCAGUCCCUCGAAAGCAAAGACACACACAUAUGUAUAUAUAUAUAUAUAUAUACCAUAUAG